UCACCAAAAACCACAAAACAGAAGAUGAUUAUGAUGCGGGAAAUAGUCGUAGGAUCCUUCAUCAUCGGAGCUUUCAUCUUCGGAGCAAUUCUUAUUCUUAUAUACCUACUCCGGUGUUUGUUGUACGAAACAGUUGAAAGGAAACCUAGAGGGGAAAAGACAUUAGACAAAGAGGAAAGCUUUGCAAGUCUGGAUACAAGUUUAUCUGGAAAUGAACAUCCGCUUAAAGAUCCAGAGCUUGGUGAAAUUUCAGGUGAAGGAUCUACUCUAGCGCCAAAGCCGCCUGCGGCUGAGCCGCCUGAGAAAAAGGCCGAGGAGAAGCGGCCUUACGGACCACCGAAGCCUGGAUAUAACGUUGUAGAUGAUUUUAUCUUGGGAAACGACAGCGAUUCGGACUAAAUGAUAAUAAUUCGUAAGAAUAAAUUAGCUUAUUUUGCGCC